CUCUUUUUAAUUUUAUCCAACAUGUGUGUUCUAACACAAACCCUAGCGCUCGUUCCUCUCUUUCUCUCACCUCUCGCCAUCGCAUCUCCGUUCGAUUACGACACCUUGGUGUACAAACAAUGCGAAACAGACGUGAACCUUCCUUCUCAUUCAGAAGCUAUCUCUUUGUUCUUCCACGAGCUCGAAUCGAAAUCCUCUCGAUUCAGUUUCUUUAAAACGUUGGUGGGCAAUGAAGCUUCCGCAGUUUCUGGAAUGUUCCAAUGCAGAAAAGAUUAUCCGAGUGAUAGAUGCCGUACGUGCGUGACUGAUCUCCAUGAGCUGUCGGCCAGUUUAUGUGGAAAUGCCACGUCAGUUCGUGUUCAAAUCCGAGGAUGUCACUUGAAGUACCAAACUGAAGCUGUCGACGGCAAUGGUGUCGAAGGUAAAAUUCACAACCACAAGCUCUUAGAAGCAGCACCCGAACACGGCCUCAUCCACAAAACGUGCGACGGAGCCGUGGCGGAGACGUUCGCCGGAUUCGAGGAGAUCAGGGGGGAGGCGUUGGCAGCUGCGGCGGCCGGCGUCGUCGACGGCCACGGCUGCUACGCCGACAAUCACGAGCUGCUCCACGUGGUGGCUCAGUGUGACGGGGACGUCGGCCUCUGUGACUGCGGCGAGUGCAUCGUGGCCGCCGCCGCUGUGGUGGAGGAGGACUGCCGGUGGUCCGCCGCCGGUCAGGUUUACUUGGACGGUUGCUACGUUGGGUAUACGUAUUACCCGUACGGGCUUCCCGGCAGUUCUUGCCACGAGGGUAAAAUCGGAAGUACGGGAAAAUCACUGGCGAUCGUGGUGGGAGCAGCAGCAGCUCUGGUUAUGGGUGCCGUUUUUCUAAUGUUCCUCAAGCGUUUAGGCAAAAAGGGCGACGAUUGUUGAAGGAAAAAAACUGGAUAGGAAUGAUUUUCAGUGACCUGCCCCCAAUCACUUUCCCGUUUUUAUUAUUCAAUUUUAUAUAGUAUAUAUACAACUUCUACACAUAUUCUCCAAUCGUGGUUUGUAAACAAAUCCGACUUAUUCAUGUAUUGCACAAAUAUCCAUAUUUGACUUA